AUGAUUCCAGGGCUAUUUGAAGCAAUUGCAAGAAAUGACAUCCGGACUUUCAAGGACUUGGUUCAAUACAAUGGAGAAUCUCUCUUGCAGAAAACCGAGGAAACAGGAAACUCAGUUUUACACCUUGCUGCAAGAUUCGGGCAUGUUGAGCUGGCUGCCUAUAUCAUUAAGCUGCUUCCUGACCUGGUUUCUGUUAGGAACGUUAAGGGAGAAACUGCGUUACACGAAGCUUGUCGCCAAGGGAAUACUAGUGUUGUGAAGCUGCUGUUAGAGGCCAAUCCAUAUGUGACUUGUACUCUUACCCAUGAGCAAGCUGCUUUUUUCAUUGCUUGCAGUUAUGGGAAUGUUGAUGUUGUCAAGUACAUGGCAAACCAACCAGGGGUGUUAGACUUUGAACAACAUGAAGCUUUCAGUCCUCUUCAUCUUUGUAUAGCAGAAGGCUAUAUAGAUAUUGUUAACACUAUUUUGAAAGCAUGUCCCCGAUUUGCUUGGAAGAUUGACAACCAUGGGUUUUUGCCACUGCAUUUGGCUUGCGAGAAAGGUCAGGUAGAGAUAACAAAAACACUCUUGAUGAUCGAUCCAAACCUUUCUCUUGAACUCAAUCACUACCAUUACACACCAGUGCACAUAGCUGUAAUGAAUGGUCAAAUCCAAAUCCUUGAGGAACUUCUUUCGAGCUCUCCCAUAUCCUUGGAACUACUCACAGGGGAUGGAGAAACUGUGUUUCAUCUUUCUGUAAGAUUCAACAGAUAUGAUGUGUUUACCUCUUUGGUGAAGAAUUAUAACAACACCAAUCUGCUCAACCAGGCUGACAAGCAUGGUAACACAGUCUUACAUCUUGCUGUCUCUGCAGGGAACACUAAACUAUCAGAGUACAUCAUCAGUAAUACUACAGUUGAUGUCAAUUGUAUGAAUCAAAGAGGUCAAACAGCAUUGGACAUCCUAGACCAACUAAGAAGAUCGUCGGGUUUUAGACAUACAUUGAAGAGUUUUGGUGGCAGGACCAGUACUGAGCUGUUCUCUUUAACCCCAAUGGUUGAUGAGAGAGAUUCUGGGACUACCACAACAUUGGAAAGUCCUAGAGCUGCUCUGGAGCAAGAAUUUGAAAUGCUUUUUGAAUGUAACACGCGUCCAGGAAGUGAUCAAUCUGAUUCAGAAAUUGGCAUGGGGCGUAUGGCUCGAAACAAUCAACAAAUGGAAAACUUUGCUACAUUACGAGCAAAGAUGAAUCCCGGCCAUGAAGGUGUGAUAAAUUCUGAUGUUCUCUUUAGGUCAGAAUCGCAUAGAACAAGUAUGAGCUCCCCAAUCUUGAAUCCACAGAAGCUCCGAAAGCCAAGAGGGAAAGUGGAUAAAAAUCAUAAGAUUAGGCAAUAUGAGAUAUAUAGAGAAGCAUUGCAAAAUACUAGGAACACUAUCACAAUAGUUUCUGUUUUGAUUGCCUCAGUUACUUUUACUGCUGGCAUAAACCCACCUGGUGGUGUCUUCCAAGACGGAUGGCUUAAAGGACAGUCAACAGUAGGCAAAACUGCAGCCUUUAAGGUCUUCACAAUAAGCAACACAGCGGCAUUGUUCAUAUCUAUGUGCAUUGUCAUUGUACUGGUGAGCAUCAUUCCCUUCCGGCGAAAAUCACUGAUGACACUACUAAUGGUUGCUCACAAAAUCUUGUGGGUGGCAGUGUCACUCAUGGCCACAGCUUUCGUUGCAGCCUCAUGGAUAAUCAUGCCACACGGACACGGUGAAGGAAACGAUUGGACCCUUGAAGUUUUGAUAUCUGUUUGCGCAGGGACUAUGGGAUCUGUUUUCUUAUUUCUUGGUGUCACUUGGGCUAGACACUUGUUGAUGAAAUUGAAAUGGAGGAAACAGAUACGUAGGAUUGCAGAGCAAAGAACACAAAGACAAGCAGCACGAGCAAACCAACGAGCACAUAGAAGGGCACAGAAAAGAAUAAAGGAAACACAUAAAAGGGCACAGAGAAGAAGAACAGAGGAAACACCAGAAUAUAGCUCGUCAGUAUCCACAAACUCCGAUGCUGAGAGUUUUGUAGAACUGGGAUAUCAUACAUACUAA